AUGAAGCCAAAAAUAUGUAAUGCGAUUGAUCAACGUUUUGACGGCAUUCUAUCCAGACUUUCAUUUGGCUCUGAAUACUGUCGGACAGAUAUAUUCAAUGACCUACAUCCAGAUGGAGCUGUUCGUGUUUCUGUUGACUACCAUAUACCCGUUUAUAAGCUGCGACGACUCAAUAAAAAAUUGUCGGUAGUUGAUGUUUUGGGAAUGUUCACCAAGAAUCUACUGGAGAGUCAAAUAUCCGAUGAGUUUUCACGGAAGAUAGAAGGUGAGUUUUCUUCUGAUAUUUUACACAAAACAAUGGCUCCAUAUGUAUUCAGGUGAUUCCAAUUUGUUUUUCCAGGACAAACGUUGGGAAAACUGACUCGACAUUCUUCUGCAUUUGAUAAAUAUCUGUGGAAUUUAUCGGCUAAUCAUUCCUAACCUUUCAGAUAACACAUUCAUCACGUAUCUUUGUAGAAGUUAUUAAUUCAUGGUGAAUGUCAUUGCAUGUAGUGAGUGAUUGUUACCUACCAAAACGAGGAAACCGCUCUAUGAAACGUUCUCCAUCAGUUUGAAUUGCCGGAUAAUCUGGACUUCAUCCUCAAUAUUGAGCGAAGAUUUGACAUUCAGAUGCUUAUUCUGUAGAAUACAGAGCUGAAUCAACCAAACAAAGAUGUUUCGUUACUUGACUUUCUGCCUAGUAUUUAUAUAUAUACGUGAGAUUCGUGGGCACUUACAAUUGUCAAGAUGUUUGCCUCAUUGAAGUGGUGAAAAGAAGAAAUUUUCUAUUCACUUCUUCAAUUAUUAAGCAACAGUGUUGGAGUUUCACUAAGUUGACUUACUAAAACAAUGAUAGCCGUGUGCAUAACAUCUAUGACUUUAAGUAGAAUUUGUGCCUAGAAAAUCAUGAAUCAAAAUUAACGCAUUUCUUUGUUCACAGUGAAUGAAUGUUAUCUUUCCA